AAAGAGAGGAGAAGUUAUUGGUGCAAACUUUCUCAUCUGAGUAGUCUACAGGUCCUAGCUGAAACAACGUCUCUGAUAUUCUCAGAGACCUAAAAGGACACGGAUAUGAAGCCUCUGAUGAUUCUCUACCUGCUAGCAGGCUUUACGGACGCAGUUAUCACAACCACUCCUGCAGCAGCUGUCACCACCACCGCCCCUGCAGCAGCUGUUACCACCACCGCUCCUGCAGCAGCUGUCACCACCACCGCCCCUACAGCAGCUGUCACCACCACCGCCCCUGCAGCAGCUGUCACCACCACCGCCCCUGCAGAGGCUGUCACCACCACCACUCCUGCAGCAGCUGUCACCACCACCGCUCCUGCAGCAGCUGUCACCACCACCGCUCCUGCAGCAGCUGUUACCACCACCACCCCUGCAGCAGCUGUCACCACCACUUCCCCUGCAGCAGCUGUCACCACCAAUGCUCCUGCAGCAGCUGUCACCACCACUGCCCCUGCAGCAGCUGUCACCACCACAGCCCCUGCAGCAGCUGUCCCCACCACCGCCCCUGCAGCAGCUGUUACCACCACCGCUCAUGCAGCAGCUGUCACCACCACUGCCCCUGCAGCAGCUGUCACAACCACUGCCCCUGCAGCAGUGGACAAGGCUUUUGCUAACAGCCCAGGCUUCCGUCGUUCCAUUGUCAACUCAUUCAGGAGUGGAUCUGUAGUUACCGACAUGAUCCUCGUGUACGACAAGCAGUCUUCGGUUCCCAGCUCAAGCAGCGUACAGGCACUUCUCACCAGCAGUUCCACCUCCCUGAAUAUUCUACCAGGAAGCUUCAGUGCUGGGAACUACCGUAAUGCCCAUGACGUGCUGUUCAGUAUGUACACUGAGCUGCAGACACAGAAGAUCAGAAUCCCUGCUGAGAUGAACACCAACCUCAUGAUCCUCCACUCAUACAUCCUGGUUAAGAUAUACGUGAAGAGAGGGGAGCAUCUGAUAGCAGCUCACAUGCUCAUCAGAUUCUCCAACAACGUCAGCAAAUUCCCCCCCACCUGA